AUGUCCAGCAUGAAAGGAUAUAAGGGCCAGAAGAAGAGGUCAAGGCAAUUCGCCAGUUCUCCAAAGUCACAAUGAGAUUCUUGAGCGUCUUCGUCCCCAUUGCGUUGCUUCUUCCCAUCGUCGCAGCAGACUUCCAUGCUGGCUCAGCCCAUUGUGUUCAGCAUUGGCCAUCAGAAGAAGAUGACACAUUUGGGGUUAUCCUCCCUUCAAACAAAGACACCUGCCUUAGUGCGACGGGCACGUAUUCCAAUCAGGGUUUUGAAUAUGGGCCGGAAAUGACCGCUACGCUUUGUGGUGCCACAAUUACCAUUCACAAUACCCGAACGUGGACCAGCUCGGACGGGGGAAGCGGAAACUGCUAUCAGAUCAAUGGCGGAAGUGGAAAGAGCAGUACGUGCACGAAUGGGGCUUUGGGAGAGUGCGUAUGGACCGAUCAUAUCUGGUGCGAGUCCUACUUGUGCAAGUAGAAGGGGCAAGUAGUUCCAGGGUCUAGCGACGUUGUAGGCAUACCCGUAUCAUUUCAAAGAUUGUGACUCAUGUAGAAAUUGCAAAAAAGCCCUAUGCAAAUGUAACCUC